GCUCCCCCUCCCUGCCCGUGGGCGGGCGGAGCCGGCGGCGCCGCAGGGCCCCCAUGGCGGCGGCGGCGGAGCGGACCGACGAGCUGGUGCGGGAGUAUCUGCUCUUCCGAGGCUUCACCGGUGCCCUGAAACAGUUGGACGCGGAGAUCAAGGCGGACCGGGAGAAAGGCUUCCGGGUGGAUAAGAUAGUGGAGCAGCUGCAACAGUUUGUUCAGAGCUAUGAUCUGGCUGCCCUGCGGGAUUACUGGGGUUAUCUGGACCGACGCCUGUUCAGCCGUUUGGAAGACGUGUACCGGCCAACGGUGAACAAGCUGAAAACCAGCUUAUUCCGAUACUACCUCGUCCAUACUGUUCAGACUGGCCGCAAUGACAAGGCACAGGAGUUUUUCCUCAAGCAGGCCUCCGAGCUUCAGAACCAGACGGAGUGGAAGGAUUGGUUUGUCCUGCCCUUCCUCCCAGCUCCAGACUCCAACCCCACCUUUGCCACCUAUUUCUCACGCCAGUGGGCAGAUACAUUUAUUGUGUCUCUGCACAACUUCCUGAGUGUCCUAUUUCAGUGCAUGCCAGUUCCAGUCAUUUUGAACUUUGAAGCUGAAUGUCUUCGGAGCAGCCUCCUGCAAGAAGAAAACGAAUCGUUGCGGCAUAAGCUGUUUGCUCUGCAGGCCGAAUCCUCACGCAUGAAGAAAGAGGAACUGGAGAUGGAACCAGCUGUUGUGCAUCACAAGCUGCCGGCAUAUGUGGCCAACAUGGAUCGACUAGGGGACUCUGAGCUUGAUAUGACCUGCAGCCAGAGGAGUACUGCACAUUCUCUUCAGUUCCGGGGAGGCUUUCUGUCCUCUUUUCUCUCCCAAAGUAAAAAGGGCCCUUCCAGACCAGCCCAUCCAAGUGGGGCUUCUCCAACACAGACUGGCAGUAUGCUGCUAGGGAAAAAAGAACCAACAAAUCACCAGAGUGCCAAAGGAAAAGAAGGAACAGCGAGCUGUAAGGACAGCAAGAGCCACUUCAGUGGGUUAGUAGGAGGCGAGUCAAGUUCCCUGCAGCAGCGGCAGAAGCGCUUGCAAGAGCAUGGGAAGGAGAGGAAGGAACUGCUGUCGAAGGGCACCUUCCAGGGCCAAAGUGCUGAGAAGAAAUCAGAUAUUAGCACAGGUGAGACGGAGCCAUGCUCAGAGCUGCAUGCUGAGCAAACAGAUACUUCAACCAGAAUGCCUGCUAGCAGUGCAGAGGCUGUGGUGGCCCGGCAGGAGCAGCCUUUCAUCGUCCUGAGCCAGGACGAGUAUGGAGAACACCAUUCAUCCAUCAUGUACUGCAGAGUUGAUUGUUCUGGACGGAGAGUGGCCAGCUUGGACGUGGAUGGGGUCAUCAAAGUCUGGUCUUUUAACCCCAUGAUGCAAACUAAAGCUUCAUCCAUUUCCAAAUCUCCUUUGCUGUCUCUGGAAUGGGCGACCAAGCGUGAUCGGCUGCUAUUGCUUGGCAGUGGGGUCGGGACAGUUCGUCUUUACGACACAGAAGCAAAGAAGAAUCUCUGUGAAAUCAGCAUUGACGAAGACAUGCCCAGGAUCCUCUCACUUGCCUGUAGCCCAAGUGGUGCCUCCUUUGUCUGUUCUGCGGCAGCCCAGAGCCUCAUUUCCCACAUGGACUUCUCAGCAGUCGCCUCCGGAGGCAAAAGCAUGAACCAAGUUCCUGGGAAGCUGCUACUGUGGGACACUAAAACAAUGAAGCAGCAACUGCAGUUCUCCUUGGAGCCUGAGCCCAUUGCUAUUAACUGCACAGCCUUCAACCACAAUGGCAACCUGCUGGUCACCGGGGCUGCAGAUGGGAUUGUUCGUCUCUUUGACAUGCAGCAGCACGAGUGUGCCAUGAGCUGGAAAGCACACGAUGGGGAAGUCUACUCCGUUGAGUUCAGCUGUGAUGAGAACACAGUCUACAGCAUAGGCGAGGAUGGCAAGUUUAUUCAGUGGAAUAUUCACAAAAGUGGCUUGAAAGUGUCUGAAUAUGAUCUUCCCAGCGAAGCGACAGGUCCUUUUGUUCUGUCUGGGUACAGUGGCUACAAGCAAGUCCAGUUCCCACGAGGAAGGCUUUUUGCUUUUGAUUCUGAGGGCAACUAUAUGUUGACGUGUUCUUCUACUGGAGGAGUCAUUUUUAAGUUAAAUGGUGAGGAAAAGGUUCUGGACAGCUGCCUUUCCCUGGGAGGACACCGAGCUCCUGUUGUCACAGUGGAUUGGAGCACAGCCAUGGACUGCGGGACCUGCCUCACUGCCUCUAUGGAUGGGAAGAUUAAAUUAACAACCUUACUGGCUCAAAAGUCUUAAAAGUGGACGGUGUUGAAGGGAAAGAAGAACAGGCUUGACAAAAACAGUGUUAGCUCCACAGGAACAAACUGCUGGGGAGGGAAGGCAAACCACAAUCCCUUUUGUUGCCGUAGCUUUUGGCAAAUCAUGUGCAAUAGAGUACCAGUAUGGGACUGGAUCAGCAGUGGCACUAAAAAAAUAAGUCUCCCCUGACCUGUUGUGGCAGCGGAACUCCCUCCAUUAGGGAGUCUUGAGUAGCAUGUGGCUGGAAGGCUGCUGGGGUCACAUCAGGGCUUAUGCAGGUGAGGCUGGAGGAGGCAUGCGUGAGGCAGCACAGUGCAUGGUGAUAACAUGGAUCAAACUGGAAAGCUGGUCCAAAACCGAAGUGUUCUUUCAGUAUAACAUUUGUUGUGCUUUUACUUUGUUGGCAAGUUGUUGUUUCUGCCAUUUUUUUUCCCCAUAAAAAGAAAAUACUCCCUUGCACUUGA